ACAUACAAAGCACAAUCUGUGUCUCCAUGUAAAUUCACACACUCUUCAGAUUUCAGCUCUCGCUCUCUCUCUCUCUCUCUCUGUUUUAGUUAGCAAAUCAAAACUUGAAGCUUUAAAAGUUCUGUUCUUUUUCGAAAAAUAAUGUUUUUGGUUGAUUGGUUUUAUGGGGUGCUGGCAUCACUUGGUUUGUGGCAAAAAGAAGCCAAGAUCUUGUUCUUGGGCCUUGAUAAUGCUGGCAAAACCACCUUGCUUCACAUGUUAAAAGAUGAGAGAUUAGUGCAACACCAGCCUACACAGUAUCCAACAUCAGAGGAGUUGAGCAUAGGGAAGAUCAAGUUUAAGGCUUUUGAUUUGGGCGGCCAUCAGAUUGCUCGUCGAGUUUGGAAAGAUUACUAUGCCAAGGUGGAUGCAGUUGUUUACCUGGUAGAUGCUUACGACAAAGAGAGAUUAGCUGAAUCAAAGAAAGAACUAGAUGCUCUCCUCUCUGAUGAAGCAUUAGCCAAUGUCCCCUUCCUUGUUUUGGGCAACAAGAUCGAUAUUCCAUAUGCUGCCUCAGAAGAAGAGUUGCGGUACCACCUUGGCCUUGUCAACUUCACCACCGGCAAGGGAAAGGUGAACUUGGGAGACUCAAAUGUUCGUCCACUCGAGGUCUUCAUGUGUAGCAUUGUCCGCAAGAUGGGUUACGGAGAAGGUUUCAGGUGGCUUUCUCAGUACAUCUAGAAAUCUAAGAUCCGCUAUAGAAAUCAAAGACCUGUUUAGUUCUCAAGUGCUAUGUUCUAUAUAGAACGAGUUUGGAUGUUGACUUUUUAGAAUCAUAGUUGAAGGUCUUUCUCACUGUUUA